GGAUGUGAAAUGGGGACUCAGUGCAUGUCCUCAAUUUCUACAUCAGUCAGCAAAACAGGGAAUACAGAGAAAUAAAGGAGAAAUAAAUAUGUUGGCAAUCCAAUCACCUAAGUGUUAAUGAAGACGUCUACACAGCUUGAUCACAGGGAGCCUGGAGUCUAUCCCAGAAAACUCAGGGAGCUAAGAGAGGGACAAACUGGACAGGGAGCCAACCGACUACAGGGCACAAACUCAAACACAACCAUUCACACACAGUAGGCCAAUCAGCCUACAAUGUGUGUCUUCGGUCUUCUCAUGUCUGCUCAACAUCUUAUGACCGUAUUUACAAUAACCUUUCAUCAAAUAGGUUUAUGUACUCAGACUUGUUGAUAUUAGCAUUUGUCAAAUCCUUCAAAUUCACACAGGCAUUGGACCAUGCUGACUUAUGCUCACAAUUCUAGGGCUUCUGCAUACAGGUUAUGCAGCAUCAACUUUCCCAAGCCCUUUUAAAGUGUAAUGCUGGAUAUUCAACAAAAUUUAUAAUACAUUUUAUAUAUAGUAAGGUAAUUAUGCAGUAUCAUUUAUAUAACAGAGCAGAAGUCAAUGUGUAUGACAUUAUACACUCAAAUACUUCUAAUUUUUUAUUAACUGAAUGCAUUUCAGAUGAUUUAUGGGUCAUGUGGCAUUGUAGAUCCGGUGUAUUUGAAUUUCAUUUAUUUGCUUGUACAAACAGUUUAUUUAAUUCUCUUUCUAGCCUGUGCAAUAUGUCAUUAAACAUGACAAUAAUAGUGUAUUAUUAAACAUAAUGGUAAAACAACUAGCCAAUAACAACAAUACUUGUUUAGAAAUCAUUCGCUAAUGAGAAGGGAGGUGUUUUCUUCAAGAAGGUCUCCUUUGGGGUUGAGAACACACAUCUUCAGGUGUGUUGAACCUCAGCAUUCACAGUGUCGCAGUGGGUAACAAGGAGGACGGCUGCUUUCAAACAACGCACUCAUCCAGCAUUUGAAGGAGGAAGCAAGCAUGGCAUUUGCAGGGAUAUUAAAAGAAGAGGACAUUGCUGCAGCAGUUGAGGCUUGCCAAGAUCCAGGCACCUUCUCUCACAAGUCCUUCUUUGAACAAGUGGGGCUCCAUGGCAAAUCAAGCACAGAUGGUCAGAAGGUGUUCAAAGUCCUUGACCAAGACAAGAGUGGAUUUAUUGAGGAAGAGGAGCUCAAGCUGUUUCUCCAGAACUUUGUGGCAGGAGCCAGAGAGCUGACAGAUGGUGAGACCAAAGCUUUCCUGGCUGCUGGAGACUGUGAUGGAGAUGGCAAAAUUGGGAUGCAAGAAUUCUGUCUGCUGCUAAACUGAAACUCUAAUAUAUCUCCCUAGGAUAUUUCUAUAUACAUAUUCUUACUUAUGAAAAUGUUCAGUUGUUACCAUCAGAUUGAAUUUUAAAAUAUUGUCUUUAUUGAUUGAUUGACCC